UUUUGAGUGCUGUUUUUGUGAUAUAAACUUAGAAAUGUGCUAUUUUGGAGAUUUGCCCUAUAUAUAUAUAUGUAUAUAUGGAUAUACACUUCCAACACAUACCUACUUCUCUUUUUUUUAAUCUCGCUCUUGCGUUUAUAUACGCUUCGGCUUCUACGUACCCGCUUUCGUUUCCAUCUUAGAUAGAUCACAUAGAUCACAUGUCCGCAUAAGUUUUUUGGUUUUUGAUAAUAUUAUUUUUCUGAUAUUUACAAAUAUAUUUCAAAACACAAAAAAUAUAUCGUUUCAGGUGUGAUACUUUAGUAUAUUAUUCAGACCAUAUUUUUAUUAUUGUAUUGUGCUAUAUACUUUAGUAUUUUUAAAAAAAAAAUCUAACUAUGUAUUAAUAUACGGUGUGAACAUAAUUUGUUAAUAAAAAUACUAUAUUGAAAAUUAUAUAUAUAUAUACAUAUAUGUAUUUUAUAUCAUAUAAAUACAGAAUGUUGAUUUUCAUAUUCAACUAAGAAACAAAAAAAUGUUAAGAAAUGGUUAAGUACAGAAUGUGAACGACAUCAUCUCAUCUUGGUCUAAAUUAAAUUACAUGUUUUCUCAAACCAAUGAUUUGACGUUUUAGUUUGUAAUGGUUUAGGUUCGUUAUAAGACAAUUGGAUAAAGAUUAUUCAGUUUGAUUUUGAAUAAAUAUAAGUUCUGAUUAUGAUCUGGGCCAUCAUGAUUAAUAAGCCCAAAACAUUAUAAUUCCAGUUGCAAACCAGCCAACUAUUGGGCUAUACAGAUCGUGAUUGUCUUCUUUUAUGCUAAACGACGUAGUAUAAAUAUAAAUCCAGUGGCAUAAGUUUGUAAUUAUUGAGGAAAACUCAGGUUAUUCUUUAUGACCAUUUUCCCACAAAACUACCGGCAAAGUAUAUCAUAUAUCUCAAAAAGCCCUAGCUCACUGGGCCUGAAGCCCAAUUAUAUGUCCUCUCCGAGGAGAGAAGAAGAUGACGUCUUUCUCUCUCCUGGCGACCUCCUUCGCCGACGACAAUCAGCGGCGGCCAAUGAACAUUUCGAACGUGAGCAAAUCCAAGCUUCUUCUCCCUCUGAUACCCAAACUAAACCGCUCAUUGUACACUCACUCUCAUCGUCGAACUCGCUCCCUUCCUCAUCACAAAGACAAACCCACCAACCAUAACUCCACACACCGUCUCGUUCCCCACAACCCUUUUCUCUCAUUACUCCAAAAAUGCGAAUCCUUGCCCCACUUGAAGCAGAUUCAAGCUCAGAUGACAAUCACCGCCUCGAUUCUCGACCCGUCCGACUCAAGCCGACUAAUCAACUUCUGCACCUUAUCGAAAUCUCGCAACCUCGAUUACUGCGUGAAGCUUCUGAGAGGACUCGACAACCCUAACGCGUUCUCAUGGAACGUCACGAUCAAAGGAUUCUCCGAGAGCCCGAACCCUAAAGACGCGGUUUUGAUCUACAAGGAGAUGCUUAGAGACGGUGGCGAGUCACGACCUGAUCAUUUUACUUACCCUGUUUUGUUCAAGGUUUGUGCUGAUCUCGAGUUGAGUAGAUUAGGUCUUAUGAUUCUUGGGCAUGUUCUCAAGUUGGGAUUGGAGUUGGUCUCUCAUGUGCAUAACGCUUCGAUUCAUAUGCUUGCUUGUUUUGGUGAGAUGGGGAAUGCGCGGAAGGUGUUCGAUGAAAGUCCUGUCAGAGAUGUGGUUUCUUGGAACUCGUUGAUUAAUGGGUAUAAGAAGAUGGGUCAGGCUGAGAAGGCGAUAGAGGUUUAUAAGGAGAUGGAAUCUGAAGGGAUUGACGCUGAUUAUGUGACGAUGAUCGCGUUAGUUUCAUCCUGUGCUAUGCUGGGAAGUUUGAAGCUUGGGAGAGAGUUUUAUGGAUACAUAAUAGAUAAUGGAGUUCGAAUGACUCUUCCUCUUGCUAAUACUCUCAUUGAUAUGUUCUCAAAAUGCGGAGAUGUUCACGAGGCAAGGAUGAUAUUUGAUAGAAUGGAGAAGAGAACGAUCGUGUCGUGGACUACGAUGAUUUCAGGGUAUGCUAGAAGUGGUUUGCUUGAUGAUGCUAGGAAGCUUUUCGAUGAGAUGGACGAGAAAGAUGUUGUGUUGUGGAAUGCUAUGAUCGGUGGAUUAGUCCAUGCCAAGCGUGCUCAAGAUGCUUUGGCGUUGUUCCAGGAGAUGCAGACGAGCAGCACAAAGCCUGAUGAAAUCACCAUGAUUCAUUGCCUCUCUGCGUGUUCUCAGCUUGGUGCUCUUGAUGUAGGGGUUUGGAUCCAUCGAUACAUCGAGAAACAUAAUCUCAGUCUCAAUGUUGCGCUAGGGACUUCGUUGAUCGACAUGUAUGCCAAAUGUGGUAACAUCUCAGAAGCUCGCAGUGUUUUCCAUGGAAUGAAAACAAGAAACUCACUUACGUACACAUCUAUUAUCGGUGGCUUGGCUCUUCACGGAGAUGCAUCCGCUGCUAUAUCAUACUUUAAUGAAAUGAUUGAUGCAGGGAUAGCGCCAGAUGAGAUAACUUUCAUAGGUUUAUUAUCAGCUUGUUGCCACGCAGGAAUGAUCCAAGCCGGCCGGGAUUAUUUCUCUCAGAUGAAGUCUAGGUUCAACUUAAAUCCUCAAUUGAAACACUACUCUGUUAUGGUAGACCUUCUAGGAAAAGCUGGGCUACUAGAAGAAGCAGAGAAGCUCAUGGAAACUAUGCCAAUGGAGGCAGAUGCUGCGGUCUGGGGAGCUUUAUUUUUUGGUUGCAAGAUGCAUCGUAAUGUUGUAUUGGGAGAGAAAGCGGCUAAGAAGCUUUUAGAACUUGAUCCUGGUGAUAGUGGAAUCUAUGUGUUGUUGGAUAAAAUGUAUGGAGAGGCUAAUAUGUGGGAAGAUGCAAAGAAAGCGAGGAGGAUGAUGAAUGAGAGAGGCGUAGAGAAGACUCCAGGUUUCAGUUCUAUUAAGGUUAAUGGAGUUUACUUUGAGUUCAUCGUUAGGGAUAAAUCGAGACCAGAGUCUGAGAAGAUAUAUGAUUGUUUAAAUUGUCUUGGAAGACAUAUGGGGAGCUCGGAAGUUCCGGAAAUGAGAUUACUUUGAAUGUAACAGCUAACAGCUUCUGUUGUGUCUUCAUGUCUGAUCAAAUCAUGUGGGUUUAUUCAUUGUUCCAAGGAAAAAGGCGACGUGAAGUCUGUUUGGAGGAGAGACUUCUAAUAGAGUUUUUUGGGAGGCCCUUUCAUUGAGAGGAUUGAAUCAGAAAUCGCAUUGGUAAAGUUGCAAUCACCGAUAAAAAGACAAAGAAACAGGUGAUCUUCACCAUGGAGAGCCAUUGAAAUGUGGAGGGUAGAUAACAUAUUGAUAUGUAACCUAAUCAACUUACAGAUAUAUUAAUAUGUUUACAAUUUUUUAUUUACGGUUAAAAAUAAGAUUAGAGAAUGACUUGCUCACUUUAAAGUUGCAAGUGCUAACAUAUGUUAUAGGCAUUUAUUUUUCUACCGAUACAUAAUUUGGUAUGAAAACA